AUGAGCGACUUCGAAGUGGUCUCUUCCGAAGAUGAGGAAGCAGGCAUGAUCACCGUCGGGAGGUCUGCGGAGAUGCCGCCGUAUGGUCACCUGCACCCGUUCUGCAAGGGAAAGCUGCUGUGGUCACCGGAGGCAUCGCACUGGAUACUCGUUCUGCUCACUCUGGCAGGUGGAACGCUACUCUUUGCGCUUCUCUGGGGCUCGCUCCGUUUCACAGACCCCAACCUCCUGCCCAAUCGGUGGAUGACGCAGUUACCCGACAUCAUUGUUGUGCUUCUGGCAGUGGUGUGUGCCACACUUCUCCUGUGCACAUCACUCACAAAUCCAGGGAUUUUGCCCAAAAACAACAUUCCCCCGCUGCUGAGCAGUCCAGCCACGAAGGAGUACUGCACGACGCUCCCGUACUGCAUGACUUGUCACAUUCACCGUCCCUCACAGGCAGGUCACUGUAGGCGGUGUAAUAACUGCAUUGCGCAGUUUGAUCACCACUGCCGCCUUUUGGGGUGCUGCAUCGGUGAGCUCAAUAAGCGCUACUUGCUUCUCUUUCUCUUUAGCAUCGCCCUAUACAGCGCCUUUAUUGCCGUGUGUCUCGCGUAUUUUCUCAUCGUUGUGCCCCCGAAGAAAAACUUUGUGCGGUGCAUCUUCUCCACCGUCGGCCUCGCCACCACUGUGCUUCUCAGUUUCAUUUCUACCGGGUACCUGCUGCACAACCUCCGCCUGAUCCGCAUGGGAUUGCUGCAUCGUGAGUACGUGAGUGGCGCCCCCUCGCGCAAUCGAAGUCGCGCUAGCUUUGCUACUAACCUAAUGCUAGUUUUCUUCCCCAAGAAGGAGUGGGGCUGA